AUGGCCAAUCCGAUCACCGACUACUCUGGCGAUCCCGUCACUCUCAACGACAACCUCGGCCUGCGCCCUCGCGCCCGCGCCGUCUCCGGCCUGCGCCCCUGCGCCCGCGCCUUCUCCGGCUCCGCGCCGCGCCUCGCCUCCGUCAAGGGCGACCUCGGCCUGCGCCCUCGCGCCCGCGCCUUCUCCGGCUCCGCGCCGCGCCUCGCCUCCGUCAAGGGCGACCUCGGCCUGCGCCCUCGCGCCCGCGCCGUCUCCGGCCUGCGCCCCUGCGCCCGCGCCUUCUCCGGCUCCGCGCCGCGCCUCGCCUCCGUCAAGGGCGACCUCGGCCUGCGCCCUCGCGCCCGCGCCUUCUCCGGCUCCGCGCCGCGCCUCGCCUCCCGGACGAAAUGA